AGUGGUGCAGCUGACCCAGCUUGGAUCAAGCUGCCAGUGAAUACUCGGUGCUCUGCGUUAAGCAGACCUGUCCAUGCCAUCUUCCCAUCUGUUACCUUCAAGCCACCUUUGAACAUCGGCUGGACUGGGCUCAGACUGGAAGCAUUCAUGACAGCUAUGGACGACGUGGCCGUCAAGGCAGAAGAGGAGGCACUCAACAGAACCUAUGCCUUGCUUGAGGCGAAUCCCGACCGCCAGAAGGAGGUGAAGAUCCGGCUCACGAACCCGGACUUCAAGGUCCGCCGUGAUGCGCUGCUGCUUCUACAGCGGCUCGGUGCCAAAGCGGCGCUGCACACAGACGUCAAGACGUCCCUGCAGAAUGUCAUGCCGCACCAUCCGGACUGCACCGUGCAACUGAUGGUGGCCUGCAUCCUCAUGGCGAUUCCACUUCCAGAGGAAUGCCAGGGGGAAACGCAUGAGAACUGCAACGACUGCAAGCGGCAUAAAGACUGCCGCGCAGUCUUGGAGAAUCGAUCCGUGAUGCUAAGCGCAGUGGCGAAAUACGGUGGUGUGCUGGAAUUUCUACUGGAUGAAUUCAAGCAGGACCGCGAGAUUGUGCUUGCGGCAGUCAUGCAGGAUGGCGAUGUCCUCCAGUAUGCGCAUCCGCAGUGUCGAGACACGGAGACGAUCUUGGUGGCUGUGUCGCAGUCGGGCUCGGCUGUGCGCUUCGCACCGGACCAGCUGGUGCAGGAGCACGAGGGCCUGAAGGCCUUGUUGGCCAACGAAGGCACCAGCCUAUGCGGCAAGUAUUUGGUGAAGGAGGAGCUUGGCAAGGGAGUGUACGGCAGCGUCACGAAAGCUGUGAACCUAGAGACUAAGCAGGAGGUGGCAAUCAAGAAGCUUCACUAUGAUCCGGACAUGUGGGCGGACGGCAUACCAGCUACCGCCAUCCGGGAGGUGUCUUUGCUGAGGAAUUUCAAGCAUCCAAACGUGGUGCAGUUGCUGGACGUCAUCAAUAUGGGCCAUAUGGAUAUGCGGCUGGUCUUCGAGUUUCUACCUAGCGAUUUGUACCAGCUCCAAAAGCGGAUGAAAGCCGAGGGGGAGAUUUUGCCCAUGGACACGGUGCGGCGGUACGCACGUGACUUGAUGAGCGGGCUCUUCGCUUGCCACUCUCGGCAGGUGAUUCAUCGGGACCUCAAGCCCCAGAACAUCUUGGUGGUCCCGGACGGCACUUUGAAGAUCGCGGACUUCGGCCUGGCGCGGCUGCUGGCCUCGCCCCAGAGGCAGUACACCCUGGAGGUCGUGACGCUCUGGUACAGAUGCCCAGAGCUGCUGCUGGGUGCGGCGAACUACGGCUACGAGGUGGACUGCUGGUCCGCGGGCUGCGUGGUGGCGGAGAUGGUCACGAGCUCCGCGCUCUUCCCCGGGGACUCGGAGAUCGGGACGCUCUUCAAGAUUUUUCAGGUGCUGGGCACGCCCCCGGCCACGGCGUGGCCGCACCUCCCAUACCUCCGAGAAAAGUUUCCGCAGUGGCCAGGCACAGGCCUCGAUGUGCUGCCCAGGGCCUCCAAGGAGCGACAAGAGGAGCUGGACGCCGCGCAGGGCGGCGUGCUGCUUCGAAAGCUGCUCCAAUUCAAUCCGCUGGAUCGAAUUACAUCUCGCCGGGCGCUGCAGCAUGCGUUCUGCGCCCCGAAUUGAUGCUUCGGGGUUGCGAAGGCAGAGGCCAGUUUCCAUGGCAUCCC